UUCUGCAACAUGUCAGGAAAGCCAAAAGUCUACCAAGGUGUCCGUGUCAAGAUCACUGUGAAAGAACUUCUGCAGCAGAGGAGAGCCAAGCAGGCCGUGGCCGAGGAAGCUGUUUCCAGCGAUGGCAGUGUCCAGAUCACGGAAGCGUUCUCCCCUCCCUGUCCAGCACCUUAUGUAGAUGCCGUCUCUUCAUCGUCGUCGUCGUCGUCGUCUGGCUGUGUGCAGCCGUGGCAGCUCCAGAGCUGUGCUUCCUGUGAAGAGGUCCCCAGCUACCUGGAGCAGCUUGUGGAUGCCUGCCUUCAGACAGAGAUGCCGCUGGACACUCCCGCUGGGGCUGCUCAAGACAGUUUGCAUGGUUUCCCUGACAGCUUCCCACCUGGCCCUGCCUGCCUCAACCAAAGCCUGGGUCAUGGCUCUCUGGAUUCUUCGGACCCCUCCAGCUCCUUCGAUUACAGCUACUCCCCUCCUCAGCUGCCUUCAUUGACUCCACUAAGUUACAGUUCUUCUCCUUGCCUGGACGUCAAGAGCUGCAUGUUUGCAUCGUCAGAGGGAAGCCUCUACCCGCAGCCCCCCCAUACCCAAUACAACCACACCUCGUCCACAUGUUGCUGCACAUCUUGUGGCUCCCAGCACUUAGACACUUUUAGACUCCCUGAAUAUUUCCCCUACGCCAACACAGACUGCAGGGACUAUGCUCCUUCCUUCACUGUGGCAGAGGACUUCUUCCGGAUGGAUAGGACCUGGGACACAUGCUACAGUUAA